AUGGCAGCAGUUUAUAGUUUCGUUGAUACAGCUACGGACCCUUUUAACAACAGUGAUCUGAUGGAGCCGGAGGACCAGUAUCGACCUCAAAGCAUUCAAGAAUCUUGGGAGGAGGAUGAGGAUCAGCCCGAAAAUAUUCCGCCACCGAACAGCAUUCAAUAUGGUGGCCACUGGGACAUUCCUCAAGUAUAUGAUGAGUACGAAGACGAUGGUGAAUCUGAUGAAGAGUUUGUUGAUAUACUUGGAGAACUGGCCGAACUGAAUGGGGAGAUCGUCACGUUUGGGAAUGAACUCGGUGUAAUUCUAGGUUUUGAUGUAUUAUUGGACCAACGAAGUAAUCUGUCCCAAGAAAUAAUCGCGGAACAUCUGCAAACUCUGAAGUAUCAAAAACUUGCCAAGCAAGAUGAAGAUGAAGAUGAGGUUGAUGAACUUUGUGUAAUAUGCCAGGAUGAAUUCAAAAGUGGAGAGAUGUUGGGAACUCUAGGCUGCAGACACGAGUUUCAUGCAGAUUGUAUCACGAGAUGGUUGCAAGUGAAGAAUGUCUGCCCAUCUGCAAGCGCAUGGCUGUUCAUCAUCAAGAAAUCUAAGAGUUUCUCGGCGAGUAAUCCCAACUUUUUAGGCCUGGUUGGAAUUUACUGA